GAUGAGCCAGGAAGGGCCUAAGCAGAUUUAAUGUUAAUCUGAGAGCACAAGGGGGCAGGGGCUGUGCUGCCCAUGGGGUCUCGCUGCCAUGUUACUUGGAGUUUGAUUCUGGAGACAGGUUCAGUCCUGUGAGAUUCCGUAGGCAUCCAUGAGUGCGGCCCCGGAGGAGACCCCCGACCCCAGUGAGCAGAGGCUGGAGGUUGUGAUACAGGCGCUGUCUGCCCAGGUGCUCGGAUCCCCAGAAGAUAAGACUCUCACCCUCCGUGGUGACCCUACAGACUCCCUCCCUGCCCGCCUGCCGGCUCGGAUCCGAGAGAUUGUUACCAGGAACCUGAGCCCGCCACCCAGCCCUGGUCUCCCUGCAGACAUGUCUUCCCUCAUUUCUCUACAAGAGGAAAACCGCAUCCUGCAACAAGAGCUGUCGCGGGUGGAGGACCUCCUGGCGCAGAGUCGGGCGGAGAGAGAUGAGUUGGCCAUUAAAUACAACGCCAUCAGUGAGAGGCUGGAGCAGACCCUUCGUCUGGAGACGGGCGAGCGGGAGAGAGAUUCCCUGGAAACACGGAGCCUGGCGCAGCAGAAUGUGGAGCUGCGGCGGCGGCUGGACGAGGAGCAGGCCGCAUAUAAGCGUAAGCUUCAGGCCUACCAGGAGGGACAACAGCGGCAGGCGCAGCUCGUACAGAAACUCCAGGCUAAGGUCUUACAGUACAAGAAGCGUUGCGGAGAGGUGGAGCAGCAGCUUCUGGAACGUUCCACGGAGCUGGAACAGGAACGUCUCAGUAGCCGCCUGGAGAUGACGGACUCGCGGCUGCGCCAGGAGGAGGAGAGCAGCAAUGAGCUGGAGAACACACUUAUCCGACUGGAGGAGGAACAACAGAGAAGCUCCAGCCUAACCCAGGUAAACGUCAUGCUGAGAGAGCAGCUGGACCAGGCCAACUCCGCCAACCAGGCGUUGAGCGAGGAUCUGCGCAGGCUGACGGCCGACUGGACCAAAGCCCGCGAAGAGCUGGAGCAGAAAGAGAGCGAGUGGAGGCGCGAGGAGGAGUCCUUUAAUGCGUACUUCAGCAAUGAGCACAGUCGCCUGUUAUCGCUGUGGAGACAAGUGGUCGGCUUCAGGAGACAUUUCAGUGAGAUGAAGACCAUGACGGAGAGGGACCUCUCGAUGAUGCACAAGGAGCUGUCACAGUCCUGCCGCUCUCUGAACGCCUCCUGUCUGAAUGUCAGCGGUUCCCUCCGCCUGGCCGAGAACAGCGGCGUUGUGGUGGUGGAGAGACAAGCGUUACAACUCGCCCAGAUGGAUGAGCAGCUAAAAGACAAAGUGCGAGAAAUGAUCCAGUUACAAGCCGCAUACGACGCAGAUAAAGCAGAGCUGACGGCAAGAGUAGCAGAGCUGAGUAAGUGGAUUGAGCGGCUGCAGAGUGAGAACAUGGACAAGGAGCUGCAGAUCAGACAACUGCAGGAGCAGGAGAAGAGUCGGGUGGAGGCGCAGGUGACGCUUGUAGGAGAAGAGGUGGAAGCUCUGAAGUCUGAGCGGGAGAUUCUUCAGGAGACUCUGCGGGAGCUGACACAGGUGGUCCUGAGUGACGCAGACAGCGGUCUUCAGCUCUCCACCAGUGACAAGACAUUUGAGUUUGCAGACAGUGAGGGUCCGGGGCUCAGCCUGAAGGGUCUCUCCAGCAGCCUGCGCACUUCCUCACCCAUACGCCGCCCCUCUCCACACCGCAGCUCCUCCCCGAGACGCAGCCUGUCUCCGGCCUUCCGUGACUCUGCGCUCUCUGCUGUGCACUGCGCUCUCCAGAGGAGACAACUACAGGUCCAGGAGCUGAGGGGGCGGCUGGAGGCUGGACAAGAGACGGUGGGCGCGCUGCGCAAACAGCUCAGUGACAGCGAGAAUGAUCGCAGGGUCCUGGAGCAGAAAAUAAACCAACUGCAACAAGAUCUGGACAGUUCCGCCAUGACCAAAGACGAUGCCGAGCUUGCCAUCUCCAGAUUACGCGGCAACUUAGAUCAGCUAAACAGUGAGCGGGCCGCCCUGGAGCGCAGUGUCCAAAACCUGCAGGAACAGCUGGAGUCGCAGCGUCAAGAGGCUGAAAAACUUCAGCUGGCAAACAGCGACCUACAGCGACAGAGAGACAUCUUACAGGAGGAGAAGGACGACAUGUGCCAGGACCGCGACCGUGCCCAGCGAGAGGUGGAGAGAGGGCACAAGACCCAGGAGCAGCUGGAGGUGAAGCUGUCGUCCCUCCGGAAGGAGCUGGUCGUGGUGAAAGAGUCCCUGCAGCAGUCCAUGCUGGAGAAGGAGGUGUCAGACGCUGAGAAGGUGGACAUAUCCCAGGCACUCUCCAAGGCUGAGAUAAACCGGGCAGAGCUGGAGCUGGCGCUGAAUAGACAGAGGACGGAGGAGGCUUCUCUACGAGACGCUUUAUCCAAGAUGAGCGCACUGAACGAGAGUCUGGCCCAGGACAAGACGGAGCUCAACAAACUCGUGGCUCAGCUGGAGCAGGAUCGGUCGUCCUUACAGGGACAGAAACAUGAAGUGGAGCAGGAGAAGGCGUCCAUCAGGGAUGAGCUGGUCCGGCUGGAGCAGGAGAAGCUGGAGCUGGACACCGAGCGCUUCGGCCUGGAUAACUCCCUGCAAGCCAUGGAGCAAAGCCGGGAGAAACUACUACUGGAGCUACAGUCACUGCGCAAGGAGAGGGCACAUCUACAGGAACAGCUGGGGCAGGUGACCCGUCAGAAGAACGCCCUGAGCGAGGAGCUGGUGCAGAGCCGCAGGGAGGUGGAGCAGCAGAGCGAGGGUCUCCUUCGCGCCUCCAAAGAGAAAGAGGCAUUGAUGAAGGACAAGGGCAGCCUGGUGGUCCAGCUGACGGCCUCUGAGAGAGAGAACCGGGGGCACUCCGAGGAGAUAGCCGUACUCAGGUCAGAGAAGGAGACGCUGGAGACGGCCAUGUUUGAGAUCCAGCAGCAACUCGUCCACGUGACAAACCGCAAGGAGCAGCUAGAGGGAGAAACCCAGAACCUACGGCUGGCAAAGGAGGCGUUACAAGCAGAGGUCGGCUCAGUGCGGAGGCAGAUGGAGGCCGAGCUCGCUAAACUAGAGCGGGACAAGGAGGCUGCGAACCAGCAACUCAACAACAUGGAGAAAGAAGCGCAGAUCACCCUGAAGAGCCAGCAGAAGGCCUAUGAGGAGGAUGUGGAGCGGCUGCUGCAGGAGAAGGAGUCAGUCCGCCUAGAGCUGCAGUCAGAGAAAGAAGAGUUACUUCGCCGGCUGACGCAGGAGCGAGAGGAGCUGCUGGCGCGAUACGAGAACGAGCGAGAGGAGCUGAGCGAAGAGAUCGCCAUGUUACAGCAGGAGCGAGACGACGGCUUGUUACAGGCGGAGAGCGAGAAGCAGCAGGUGUUAUCGCUGAAGGAAUCCGAAAAAGCGUCUCUGAGUGAGAAGUUGAGCAACGCGCACAGUACACUGGCCGCCCUCACCCUGGAGAUGGAGAGACACAAGCGGGAGAACCAGUCGAGGCAAGAGCAGGAUCGGAAUACCCUCAUCUCCAUGAACUCUGAGCUGAAGACCCUGCGCGUGCAGUAUGAAGAAUCGCUGGCGUCUCACGAACGGGAGCUAAAGAGUCUCCAGGAGCAAAUCCGAGAUCUGGGGAAGCAGCGGGAAUCAGGUCUCCGGGAGGUGGAGGAGCUGAAGACUCAGCUGUGUGUGGUGGAGGAUGCCAGGGACGCGGUGCGGCGGGAGCUGAUUGAAGCGCACCGGCGCGUGCGGGAUAGUCACGAGUCUGCGGAGGUUCACAAGAAGGAAGUCCUGGAUCUGCGCCGACUGCUGAGCGAUGAAUCCAAAGAGAAGGAAACCGUGCAGAAAUCCAAUGAGGAGCUCCGGGGAGCAGUGCGGCGGGCCGAGAGCGAGCGCAUCAGCCUGAAGCGCAGUAAUGAGGAGAAGGAGCAGCGUCUUUCAGUCUUGGAGGAGUCUCGAGCAGCUAUGGAGAAGGAGGCAUCGGAUCUGCGCAGCAACCUGAGGGAGGUGGAGCGGUCACGGCUGGAGGCGCGGAGGGAACUGCAGGAUCUCCGCAGACAGCUGAAGGUUCUGGAUGAUGAGGGUGUGAAGCGCGGCCGGGAUCUGGCGGAGGUGCAGACGCGUCUGUCUAUGUUUGAACAGCGGGAAGAGGAGACGCGCAGAGACACCUUCUCCCUGAAACAGAAGCUCCUGGAGACUGAGAACGGCCGCGAAGCCGCCAGAAAAGAGCUCGGCGCCCUCCAGAGGAAGCUGUCCGAGAUGGAGACCGACUUCAGCCUUCGGGAGAAGGAGCUUCAGGGCAGCCUGGAGGAGGCGCGAGGCAAUGAGAAGAAGCUGCUGGACAACACGCGCAACCUGGAGAUCAAACUCCUCGCGUCACAGGAGGAGGUGGCCCAGCUGAGCCUGAAACUGAGCGCCAGCGAGGGCCGCGUGCACGGACUGGAGGCCGAACUGUCCCGGCUGGAGGGGCUGAAGAGGGAGCUGGAGUUCAAGCUGAGCAGCGUCCACUCUGCCCUAAGGAGGACACUGGGGAUCGGCCGCGCCGGACGCACACCGAGCCCAGCCGUACGAGGGCGCAGUGGCUCCCCCAAGAGGACAUUCUCACCUCUGAAGGGAUUCGACAACACGUACACGACCACCACUGAUGGGCGGGGCAGCCCCAUCCCCCGCACGGGAAGUCCAGAACGCAGCAAGACCCCAGAGAGGGCGACGUCACCCACCCGCGGGGAGCUGCUGACCGCAGACAUUGACCCGGAGGUGAUUCGAGGCGCACUGCGCGAUUUUCUCCAGGAACUGCGGGACACUCAGCGAGAAAGGGACGAUCUGCGCACACAGGUUGGGGCCGCGUCCCGGCAGAUGGUGGAGAUAAAGGCCGAGAAGGAUGAAGCCACCACCCGAGUGCAGCAGCUACAGAAAAUGCUGUCCGAGGCUGAAGAGGGGAAGCGCGCAGCAGACGGGAAGCUGAGUGCUGUGCAGACCACGCUGAUCCUGCAGGAGGAAACGCUGCGGCGCUGCGACCGGGAGCGCAAGAUAGGGCUGGAGAAAGCUGCGAGUCUGGAGCGGAGCCUGCAGGCGGCGGAGAGCGAGCACAGGGCGGCCCAGGAGAAAGUCAAUAAGAUGAAAGCGAAUGAAGCGAAACUUGACAGCGACAAACGUCGAUUGAAGGAAGUGCUGGACGCCGCCGAGAAUCGCAACACUAAGCUGGAGCUGUCCCGGAGAGGACUGGAGGGCGAGCUGCAGAGGGUCCGACUGGUGCUGGCCGACCGGGAGGCUGAGAUGCAAGACAUGCAGCAGCGGAUAGAAGGGCUGCAGAGACAGCUGUCGGACAGUGAGAUGAAGGUGGGCUCGCUGCAGCUGUGUGUGGACCGCCUGAACACCACGCUGGGGAAGGUCCAGGACAGCGAGAACGUAUUAAAGGAGAAGGUGCUGAGCUUGUCCAGUGCCCUGUCCGAGAGCAACUCCAGCACCAGCGCCUCCCAGGAGAAGACGGGACAACUGCAGAAGCUUCUGACCUCCAGCGACCACGAGAGACGCAUCCUGCAGGAGCGUCUGGAGGCGGCGCGGAUCGCCGUGGCUGAUGGGAAGAAGCAGAAUGCGGGGUUAAUGGAGCAGAUCCAGGAGCUGAGGGAUGAAGCGGCAGAAGGAGAAGUGCGUCGCGUGGAGCUGGAAGGACAGGCCCGACAACUGCAGGAGCUUCUGCGGCAGCGUCAGGAAUGUGAAGGUUUCUCCCUCCGUAACCUCCAGAAGCUGCAGGAAGAGCGCGAUCUCCUGCAGGAACGUCUGUCCGGGCUGCAGCGCGCUGUGGCGCAACUAGAGGGCGAGAAGCGGGAGAUGGGGCGAUCGUCCCUGCGCCUCGAAAAGGAUAAGAACGCCCUGAUGAAAACGCUGGACAAGGUGGAGCGAGAGAAGCUGAAGACAACAGAGGACACGUUGCGCCUGUCUGUGGAGCGCGGUCGCUUGGAUCGGUCACUGACUACAGUGGAGCAGGAGUUGGCGGAGGCCCAGAGGCAGGUGCAGGCGCUGGAGGCUCAGAUCGCAGACAUGGAGCAGACGCAUUCUCAGAGCCUGAUGGAGACGGCAGCGCAACACCGAAAGGAGCUGCAGCUGGAGAUCGAGCGACUGCGGAGCGCGCAGACCCAGGCGGAGCGCACACUGGAUGCCAGGGAGAGGGCGCACCGCCAGAGGAUCAGAGGCCUGGAGGAGCAGAUCUCAACCCUGAAGGAACAGCUGCAGCAGGAAGUGCGGCGCUGCCAGUCUCACUACACUCCAGCGCUGCUCUCAGGGAAGUAACAUGGAGCCCGGCGCUCCUCCCCGCACCGCCUGGUGCUUCUACUGCGGACCAAGAUGUUUUUACACUUUCUAUGAUUCUGAUCACAGCACUGACGGCGAGGACUCUGAGGAUGCGAGCACUGACGGUGAGGACUUGAAGGAUGCAAGUUUUCCUUCAGCCAGAGCACAGUUCCCAGCCGCAGGGUCCUCGCCACACUACGAAUGUAUUUUUUUUAUUUUAGGGAGGGAAAGGGGCACAAAACUGUGAAUAAUUCUGUGAG